UGUUAGAUAAUGGAGAUUGAAUAGCUUCAUGCCCGGUAAUAUUUUAAUUUUUCUUAAUUAUACGACUUUGGCUCCAUCUUUGUCCCCAUUGGUCUUUUUUCCUCGUUAUUAUUCACGUUUGUCUAAAGUUGUGGCCAUAGGAAAAAGAACAAGUGUCCCUUGUCUUCGUAUAAAACGUGAGAGACCAGACGUUGUGUUGUUCAAGUUCUAUUUUGCAUUCUCAAAUCAAGGGCAAGUCCAAGAGUUUCUCUUUUGGCACUUGAUAUAGUGAAACAACAAGUGUUGUUGUUGUUCUCUCACAAACAUGGGAGAGGAUAAUGUCAAACAGCCUUUGUUGGAGAGGAAGUAUUAUGAGGACUGCCCUGGUUGCAAAGUAGAUCAAGCCAAAGAGCUGAGUGAGGGACAGGGUGUACCCGUUAAAAAUCUUUUGAUCAUAUGGAUUGUGGUGCUGUGUGCUGCUCUGCCUAUAUCAUCUCUCUUUCCAUUCCUGUAUUUCAUGGUAAGGGAUUUUAAUAUUGCAAAAACAGAAGCUGAUAUUAGUUCUUAUGCUGGUUAUGUGGGUUCUGCAUACAUGCUUGGAAGAUGUUUUACAUCUGUAUUAUGGGGAAUUAUAGCUGAUCGCUAUGGAAGGAAGCCUGUUUUAAUUAUAGGGAUUAUUUCAGUAAUCAUUUUCAAUACACUAUUUGGCCUCAGCACAAAUUUUUGGAUGGCUGUUAUCAUGAGAUUUCUUCUGGGAGUUUUUAAUGGUUUGCUUGGACCAGUGAAGGCCUAUGCCGCUGAACUUUUUCGAGAAGAACACCAAGCUAUAGGACUCUCAACUGUCAGUGCAGCUUGGGGCAUAGGUUUAAUCAUAGGCCCAGCAUUGGGAGGUUAUUUGGCUCAGCCUGUAGAGAAGUACCCUCAUGUAUUUCCAAAGGAUUCCUUUUUGGAUAAGUUUCCAUACUUCUUGCCCAGCUUUAUAAUAACAGUAUUUGCAGUUGUAGUAGCUAUUGUCUGUAUCUGGAUUCCGGAAACACUUCACAACCACAAUUGUAGUGAUGAAUCCAUAGACAAUGCCGAAGCUUUAGAAAAUGGAAGCAGUGGGGCAGCUAAAGACAAGAUAAUCCGAAAGAAUGAAAACCUCCUCCUGAACUGGCCCUUAAUGUCAUCUAUCAUUGCUUAUUGUGUUUUUUCACUUCAUGAUAUUGCUUAUCAAGAGGUUUUCUCCUUAUGGGCUGUCAGUCCUCAAAGGCUAGGGGGUUUGAACUUUACAACGGAUGAUGUUGGUAAUGUUCUUGCAAUAUCAGGUCUUGCACUUAUAAUUUACCAACUUACCACAUACCCAUCUGUGGAAAAAGAUUUUGGACCUAUUGGUAUUGCCCGUAUUUCAGGGAUGUUAUCCAUACCUCUUUUGCAAAGCUACCCCUUCAUAGCAUUGUUGUCAGGCUUAGCAUUAUACAUAGUGAUAAGUAUUGCUUCAAUUCUGAAGAAUGUUUUGUCUACAACUAUUAUAACUGGUUUGUUCCUUUUGCAAAACCGAGCAGUGGAACAACACCAAAGGGGGGCAGCUAAUGGCAUUUCUAUGACAGGCAUGUCUCUGUUCAAAGCUAUUGGCCCUGCUACAGGUGGUGUCAUAUUAACUUGGUCACAAAAGCGGUUGGAUGCUUCAUUCCUCCCAGGCACACAUAUGGUCUUCUCUAUCCUGAAUAUUGUUGAAGGAAUUGGAAUACUAAUGCUUUUCAAACCAUUCCUUGCUGAAAAGAAGAAAACUCACUCAGAUCAGUUACAUUGAUACCAAUCCAUUUUGCUUAAGUCAUUAUAGCAUAUUCUCAGUUGUUGUGUAUUAUUGCUCAGUGAUGGUAACUGGUGCAUCAACUUAGUCAUCACGGGGACCAACGAUGAUUGAAGCUAAUUGAUGGAACCAAUUCAAUAUGUAACUUUCCAAGAAAAUAAUAAUGAAAAGAAAAAAAAAAAACAUCACAAAAAAUAACAAA